AUGGGUGCCUCUAAGAAGAACGCAAAGGCGACGAAGAAGUUCGAACAAAAACAUCUCAGCGGUGUUCUCGAAAGAAGAAAAGCGGUCGCCAAGAUCAAACAGAAGCAGCAGAUCAAGGAGAAGAAGCAGGCCAAGCGCGCAAAGGACGAUGAGUUCUUCAAAGGAGCCGAUGGCACCGUCAAGAGACCAACGAACAAGAAGCCCGGUACGCAGGGAACCGAGAUGAGCGUCGACGAUUUCUUCAAGGGCGGUUUCGAGAUCCUCGACAAGGGUGCGCCAACGGAGAAUGGCAAGACUGCCGCUCUUGGAAAGCGGAAGCGCGGGGAGGCCAAUGCCCGCGAGGAGACUUCUGAUCAGAGCGACGGCAGCGAUGUCGAUGUUUCCGACAACGAGGAGGAUGUGGUUACCGAUAGCGAGGCUGGCUUCAGCGAUGAGGAGGAUGAGGAGGAUCUUGGCAUGUCCAAGAACGCCAUGGCCGCUCUCGCCGAGAAGGAUCCCGAAUUCUACAAGUUCUUGAAGGAGAACGACCCGGAGGCUCUCGACUUUGACGAAAACGCAUCACUCGACGAGGUUGACGAGCUUAGCGGCAGCGACGAGGAAGAUGAGCAACCGAAGAAGAAGCAAAAGAAGGGCAAGAAGGCACAAGAAGAAGAGGAGGUUGACGAUUCCGCCCAUGAGUUGACCAAGGCCAUGGUUGCCAAGUGGGAGAAGGCGCUCAACGAGACCAAGUCGCUCAAGGCUGCUAAACAGACAGUGAUCGCCUUUCGCUGCGCUGCCCACCUGAACGAGGAGGAUGAGGAGAACCCACAACGCUACAGCAUCAAAAACCCCGAGGUCUUUCACAACAUCUUGAUGGUGGCCCUCAAGCUCAUUCCUGAAGUCUUGAACCACCAUCUCCCUGUCAAGGAGUCCGCCGCCGGCAGAGCCUACGUCCAGACCGAGACCAAGAAGUUCAAGACGCUGUCCAACCUCAUCAAGAGCUUUGCUGCUUCCAUCAUCCGCCUCCUUGGCACACUCUCAGACGACGCUACCGUCAAGCUCACACUCAACGCCCUUCAGCCACUCCUUCCUUAUCUCUUGUCCUUCAGAAAGCUCCUCAAGGUGCUUAUCAAGACUAUUGUCGCUUUCUGGUCUCAACCCGCCAGCUCCGACAGCACCAGGAUAACAGCCUUUCUAGUGAUCCGCCGUCUCACGGUGGUUUCUGACAAGGGUGUCAGAGAAGCCGUUCUCAAGGCAACUUACCGCGGGUUGUUCGACAACAGCAAGCACACCAACCACAACACAAUCCAGGGCAUCAACCUAAUGAAGAACUCGGCCGCCGAGCUUUGGGGUCUGGAUCAGUCUCUUGGCUACACCACCGCCUUCACCUCGAUCCGCCAGCUCGCCAUCCACCUCCGUAACAGCAUCAUCAACAACAAGCAAGUCCACAACGUCUACAACUGGCAAUUCGUCCACGCUCUGGAUUUCUGGUCUUGCGUUCUUUCCGAGCACUGCAGCCCCCUGAAGGAGGCCGAAGCCGGAAAGGAAUCCCAGCUCAAGCUCCUCAUCUACCCCCUGGUGCAGGUUACCCUGGGUGUGCUGCGCCUCAUCCCAACAGCGAUCUACUUUCCCCUGCGAUUCCAGCUCAUCCGCUCGCUUCUUCGCCUGUCGAGAGCGACGGACACUUAUAUCCCCCUCGCCUCUUGCCUCUUGGAGGUCCUCUCGUCGGCAGAGAUGAAAAAGGCGCCCAAGCAGUCCACCCUCAAGCCUUUGGAUUUUGCCGUCGCGUACAAGGCCCCCAAGUCGUACCUCCGCACGAGGGUCUAUCAGGACGGCGUGGGGGAGCAAGUGGUGGAGCUGCUUUCGGAGUUUUUUGUCCUCUGGGCCAAGAGCAUCGCGUUUCCGGAGUUUUCGCUGCCGGUGGUGAUCUCGCUCAAGAGGUGGUUGAAGGAGGCGAGGAAGAGGUCGACGGGGAAUAAGAAUGGGAAGCUGGGCGGGAGCUUGGUGUUGCUUGUGCAAAAGCUGGAGGCCAACGCCAAGUUUAUUGAGGAGAGGAGGGCCAAGGUGGAGUUUGCGCCCAAGGAUAGGGCGCAGGUGGAGGGGUUUUUGAAGGAUUUGGAGGUGGAGAGGACGCCGGUGGGGGCGUUUGUUGUUGGUCAGAGGAAGCUGAGGGAGGAGAGGAGGAGGGUUGUGGAGGAGGCUAGGAAGGCGGAGGAGGGGAAGAGGAGGGAGGAGGAGAGGGAGGCGCUGGAGGGGGGAGGGGGGAGUGAUGAUGAGGGGGGUGAGGAGGAGGAGGAGGAUGAGAUGGAUGUUGAUGAGGAGGAAUUGGAGGCGGAUGAGGAGGAGGAAGAGGGCGAGGACGAGGAGGAGAUGGAGAGCGAGUAG